GAGGGGGGCGGUGGGCUGACAAACACAAAGCAGAGCUUCUUCGCGCGAAUCGGAGCACUUACCGCUGCGUUUAUAAACCCUACAGCAUUGUUGUGCCCCUGGAAAGUCUCCAUUAACGCCGAUCUCCAUCUGGAAGGAGUAGAGUCUAUGGCCAGCAACGUCAGUGGUCCAGAAGUAGGGGGGUUGUCUCCAGGCUGCGUAAUGGAUGCGCAUCAGGGACUCAGAACCGUUUUUCCAGGUGCCAGGAGCUCGAAAAGGCCCUUUAUAUGCACCGUAGUCCGGCGAAUCCUGGGCAUGAAGAUGGCCACGUGCAGCCAGAGCUCUAGAACACUGUACAUCAACAUCAAAUCCGCACUCGACGCUGCCCUUCGCCCCCUCGCCGGCGUCAUGGCUGCAACAACUGUCAGAGGAGGCGAGAGCGCCGGGACCCCUGUCUGUCCCCUGUGUCGCUGCCUCAUGAUCCGCCCCGUCUGUUUGCCGUGCGGACAUUCACUCUGCAAGCCGUGUCUCGCCCGGAGCACCAACAACCCGCUGUUCUGCGGCAGCGGAAGACAUCGCACCGACCCUGUCUGCGCCCGCUGUCCGCGCUGCCAGCAGAGCUGGCCCGUCGUCCCGCCGGGAAUGGAGGAGGACAGAAGACCCACCGUUGUCCUCCAGAACGCGUUCAUUCGCUGGUACCCCGGCUGGGCGGAGUGCUGCAAGUACAGAGAGGAGGGAAACCGAUUUGCACAGGAGGGAAACUUUGCCCUGGCUGUCCAGUACUACCACAAAGCUCUCGAGACUGGGAUUCCAGAUCACCGGGUGCUCAGUAACAGAUCUCGUGCCUACCUUGCAAUGGAGCAACUCAGUGAAGCCUUGGUCGACACUGAACUCUGCUGCAAACUGAAACCCACCUGGCCGAAGGGCCACUUCAGGAGAGGUGCAGUGUUGGAGAGUCUGGGUCGGUGGGAGGAGUCCCUCGCCGCCUACUUCCUCUGUCUCCACUUCAGCAGUGGUUCCACUGACGUCACUCCCAUCAUAUGCCAGAUCAUUGAUCGCCACCUCCCUGAUCGCAAUUGCACCUCGUUUUCCUUUGAGCUGACUAGUCGAGUGGUGGAGAUAUGUCGCUCGAGGCUGGCAGCCGACUGUUCCUCCACUACAGACUUCUCAGAGGAAGAGAAGGACGACAAAAUCCCUCACCAUCUACUGGACCAGUCCGAUUUCGAGUGCAUCCUCUGCACUGGGCUGCUGGACAAGCCAGUGACAGUAGCCUGUGGCCACUCCUUCUGUCAGCACUGUCUCUCUCGUUCGUUUGACCACACCCCCUUCUGUCCCGUCUGCAGAUCUCCACUAGCUGAGGGUUUUGUCCAGUAUGCAAGGAUGUCGGGAAAGAUGAAUGUUGAUGAACUGCUGGAGCGUGUACUUCAUAAGCAUUUCAGAGCAGCGUGUGAAGAGAAGAGGAGGCAGAAGGAGGCAGAGAGAGCGCAUAAAUUAAUGGUCGGUGUGAGCGAGAGUGAGGAGCUGCCGGUGUUUGUCUGUACCAUGGCCUUCCCGAGUCUCCCGUGUCCACUGCACGUCUUUGAGCCUCAGUAUCGCCUAAUGCUGCGGCGCUGCGUGGAGUCCGGAGGGAGACGGUUUGGAAUGUGCUACCCAAUCGACGGUGGGAGCUUCAGCUCCUACGGAACGGUUCUGUACAUCAACACAGUGGAGCACACGGCAGACGGUCGAUCGCUCAUCACCACAACCGGAGAGAAGAGAUUCGAGGUUCUCCACAGGUCAACUUGCGACGGCUACAACACGGGCAUGGUUCGUUUCAUCGAGGACGAGCCAGUCACCAACCCCUGGGAGAUUGUGAGCCUGAGAUCACUACAGGAGGAAGUGUUUGAUCAUGCCAAGCAGUGGCUGGAGGCCCUCCCGGUCUAUGCCAGGCUGCUCCUGACGCAGACAGUGUGCUGUCCUCUACCAGGGAUAGACCCCCACCCCGAGAACUGUCCGUCUGGGCCCAUGUGGGUCUGGUGGUACGUCAAUGCCCUCCCUACCAACCCCCAACGCAAGAUCGCCUUUCUCAAACUCACCUCCCUCCGAGAGCGCCUCCUGAUGCUCAAAGACAGUCUUCACCUGCCAAUACCCACUGUCUCUGCCAAUGGGUAUGACUCACGGGAGGUACACUCUGGGCACCAACUGACUGCUACACACUAGUAGUUGCUGUUUCUCUGCGUCCUUUGGUUGUCUCUUUGCAAUGCCUUAUUCUGUUGUGUGUGUUCUUGAUUUUUUAACCCGUGUAUGCUAUCAAAUGAAACUUAUUUAUGUGAUGAACAA